AUGACAGAAAAUAUGAAGGCGUGGCAGCAGGCCGCUCCUGGUCCCAUUGAGGAGAAGCUUAAGCUCGUCCACAACGCCCCACGCCCCAGUGCAGUCCUCAAGAAAGGGGAGAUCCUCGUCCGCGUCGUCAGUGCCUGUCUCAACCCGGCAGAUUACAAAGUCAUGGAGAUGGGAUUUAUCUCCCGAGCCGCCGCUAAGUUCCCCAAGGUGGCGGGCAUGGACCUCAGCGGCACUGUCGUGGCCGUGGCCGAGGGAUCAACGGACGCCAUGGCCGGCGACAACAUCCUCGGCCGUCUCGAACCUUUUGAAGCGCACGGCUCACUGUCAGAGUAUGUGGUGCUGCCACGAGAUGGGUAUGCCGUGCUACCCGAGGGUGUGGACCUAGAUCACGCUGCUGGGGUGCCCACCGCGGGGAUGACAGCGUACCAAAGUAUCAAGCCCUACGUUAAAGCCGGGGAUCGCAUCUUUAUCAACGGCGGCUCUGGAGGAACGGGGACCUUCGGCAUCCAAAUUGCAAAGGCACUCGGAUGCCACGUAACGACCUCCUGCUCAACCGCCAAGAUCGACCUCGUCAAGAAACUGGGCGCCGACGCAGUGAUCGACUACCGCGUCGACAACAUUGUGACUAAACUUGAAGCCGAGGGCCAAGUCUACGAUCUGGUAGUGGAUAACGUAGAUAACUCGCCAAAAAGCUUUUUCUCUACGACGCCCAAGUUUCUCAAACCAGACGGUCACUAUAUUAGUGUCGGAGGCUCCCUAUCAUUACAUACUGCCAAGAAUAUGGUCGAGGGCCUAUUCUGGCCGACGUUCUUGGGUGGCACGCCGCGAAAGUUCGUGCCGUACUUUACCAAGAAUGUACAGGAGGACUACGAGCAGCUGGCGAGCUGGCUGGCUGAUGGGGUUAUAACAACGAUUAUCGAGUCGACGUAUGAAUUUGAGCAGGCAAUCGAGGCCUUGAAGUAUGUGAAGAAGGGUUCCAGUGGAGGAAAAGUCAUUGUGCACGUCUCGCCCAAGGUGUAA